AUGUCCAGCACCGAUCAGCAGCGCCGCAGGCAACAGGGGUCAUCCCAGCCCGAUCCGUCCCGCAGAGGCCCGGCGCAAGCCCCUAGCUCCGCUCCGGCCCCGAGACGCCAGGCAGCUCCUACUUCCGGUUCCGGUCCAACUUCGUCGGGCCGCCCAGCGCCAGCUCCUGCCGCCCGAGCGCCCCCGGCGUCCCGCGAUAAUGAUGGCCCGGCUCCCCCGCCGGCUCCGAUCGACGACUACGACCGUAUGGAGGAUUCCCGCGAUAACGAGAUCGCACAGCACUGGGAAAGGUGGUACCAGCGCAUCGAAGAGAACUACACCUACCCCGUGGUGAUCAACGAUGACAUCGCCAAUGAUAUAUACCGUGUCCUCGGGAGCCAGCCCCCGCAGUUCUCGGUGCAGCGCAAGCCCAGACUCGGCGACGGCCUCGGCGGCCAGGCUAUGGGCAACGUAAGGGUCGUCCUUCUCGACGGCGACAGUCUGGACGACGUCAAGGACUCCUUCCGCGGCAAGAAGGCGACCGUGAUCAUUAACCAGGCCGAACGCUCGGCCUUUGUCCCGGAGAGGCUGACUUCUGAUGCGGCCGCCGAGUUGGCAAAUGCCCCUCCCCCUGUCCCCGCCCCCGCCUCCUCCGGUCAGUUGCCCAUCCGUGGCGGCCCAUCGAACCCCUCGCCGGCCCCUCGGAAAGAGGAGCGGAGAAGUAAUAACGGGAACGGGAGCGGCAACGGGUCCAGAGGCUGA